GGAAUUUCUAUAAGGCAUUCAUGCAAGAUUCCUACUUCUCGUGAAGACCUUUCAAAGUGCCCGGUCGACACUUCAUAUGACCAGUUUAACUGCCAUCAUGCAGACACACAGGACCGAUCGAACAGCAAACAAUGGCUUUGCCAAAUUUGGAUCCUGGCCUCCCAAGUCCCAGCUACCUCCAGGAAAGAAGAACGGAUCCCGUCCACAAGUUGUGGCCCGCGUCGCUGUUGAAGUAUCCCAACAAAUUCGCCCGGCCUUCACCCGCGGAUCGGCUCGAGGGUGUUUCCCCACUCUCGCGUCGAUUCGCGCGAUGGACCUGUUGACAUCGGCGAUGAAGAGAUGCUGCAACGGCAAGACGCUCCUCCGCGGCGGCCGCACCUGUCGCUGCUCGUCCGCCAGCGCCAUUGGAUCUUCCGGUGUCCGUGGCAAGGAGGAAGCGUCGACUUCGGCGGCGGACUCCGAGCCGGAUAAGAAGAGGUGGAGGAAGAAGAGGUUCUGGAGGAAGAAGAAGAAGAAGGCCAAGAAGGAUCACUACGGCGACGCCGCCGCCACCGAGCACGGCAGCGAGCGCGCCAGCUGCAGGCGCUACGAGAACGACGCCGUGGCCGACCUCGUGAACGACAUAUCGUCCAAGUCAGAUGUCUGCAACGUGUACGCAGCCGAGGGGAUUCUACGGAUCACCCACCAGAACAUCCCCAGCAUGGUGCUCACGUACAGGCAGCUAUGCAACGCCACCGACUCCUUCAGCCCGAACAACCUGCUCGGGGAAGGCGGCUUUGGGAGGGUGUACAGAGGCCACCUCGAAGAGAUCAACGAGAUCGUCGCCGUCAAGCAGCUGGACAAGGACGGGUUCCAGGGGAACCGCGAGUUCCUGGUGGAGGUGCUGAUGCUCAGUCUCCUGCACCACCCCAACCUCGUCAAGCUGCUCGGCUACUGCACCGACAUGGACCAGAGAAUCCUCGUCUACGAGUGCAUGCGGAACGGCUCGCUGGAGGAUCAUCUCCUAGAUCUCCCUCCAAAGGCAAAGCCUCUCCCGUGGCAAACGCGGAUGAAGAUCGCGGUGGGCGCGGCGAAGGGCAUCGAGUACCUGCACGAGGUGGCCAACCCGCCGGUGAUCUACCGCGACCUCAAGACGUCCAACAUCCUCCUGGACGAGGACUUCAACUCCAAGCUGUCCGACUUCGGCCUCGCCAAGCUCGGCCCCGUCGGCGACAAGAGCCACGUCAGCACGCGGGUCAUGGGCACGUACGGCUACUGCGCCCCCGAGUACGCCAUGACCGGCAAGCUCACCAAGACGUCGGACAUCUACAGCUUCGGCGUCGUGCUGCUGGAGAUCAUCACCGGCAGGCGGGCGAUCGAUACCUCCAGGCCGACGCACGAGCAGGUUCUCGUCCAAUGGGCGGCACCUCUCGUCAAGGACAAGAAGAGAUUCGUGAGACUGGCUGACCCGUUGCUGGAAGAGAAAUUCCCCCUCAAGGGGCUUUACCAAGCUCUCGCGAUCGCCUCCAUGUGCUUGCAGGAGGAUGCCAGCAACAGGCCGAUGAUCAGCGACGUCGUCGCGGCGCUCUCGUUUCUUGCCGAGCAGAAGUAUCAUCCCCAAGAUGGCCCGGAUCAGGCCGCCCGGAAGAGCAGAGACAGGGACUGUAGCAAUCCUCCCAGGAAGACAGACAUGGUUUCUGAGAUCAAGGCAGAUGAUGAAAUCAAGCACAGGUGACCAUAGAGGAGUAACAGCCUAGCAGGGAAGGGAGGAGCUGCAGGACUGUCUGCUCUCUUGAAUUUCUUGUGUAAUGUACACCACCUAGGCAGGAUGUAACAGCAACAAGUCGAUGUUGACUGGUACUUGGUCUGUUCGUCAGGAUUCAUUACCAGGUUAUUGGAGCUCGCAGGACUGUCUGCUCUCUUGCAGUCCCAAGUUAUUGGAGCUAACUAUAGAUACGAUGAGAAUGACAAGAAUGAUGACAUUACCAUAAGCCAGUUAUAUCGAAAAUGCUCAUUGCCGGGCGUCCGGCAGGGGGAGCCGGAUCGGAUGCUCCCCCCGCGCGUCCCUC